AUGGAGUUGGAUAUUUCAUACACAGGAAUCUCUGGUGAGCUUCCUGAUUCAAUUGGCACCUUGAGUUCCUUGAAUAUCUUGUACCUCUAUGGAUGUCAAUUCUCUGGUUCAAUUCCUGAUUCCAUUGGCAACCUAGCACAAAUUAGGACGUUAUGGUUUUCGGGUAAUCAUUUCACUGGCCAUAUUCCUUCCACAAUCUCUAAAUUGAAGCACCUCACACAUUUAUAUCUUUCUGACAACUCCCUUGGAGGCGCAAUUCCCCAUGUGUUCUCUAACCUCCAAGAGCUAGUUUCCUUGGAUCUUUCUAAUAACAACUUCACCGGUCCAUUUCCCUCUUCAAUUUUAAACUUGACAAGUCUUCGACACUUGAAUUUCUCUCACAACUCACUGAAUGGCACAAUACACUCUUGGGUGUUUAGCCUCCCUUCCUUACUUGAUUUGUAUCUCCAUCAUAACCAAUUCAGUAGAGUGGCUGAUGAGAUCCAAACAAACCCAACAUUAGUGAUUUUGUAUUUAAGUUAUAAUCAACUCAAUGGUCCUUUUCCUCGAUCACUUGUGAAUCUCACUAGCCUGGACUUGCUUGACUUUUCAUCAAAUAACAUCACCGGCGAUGUAGGAAUAAAUAUCACCUUUCCUAGACUAUCAGCUUUGUUAUUAUCAUCUUGUGAACUGAUGGAUUUUCCACACUUCUUGAGAAAUGUAAAGACACUUAUGGCGUUGGAUAUUUCUAACAAUAAGAUUCGUGGUCAAAUCCUUAACUGGUUUAGCGGCAUGAGGUGGGACUCCUUGUUGCACCUAAACCUUUCACAUAACUCAUUAACAGGCCACCUACAACAAUUUCAUUAUUAUAGUCUAGAGUCUCUUGAUCUUAAAUUUAACUUCCUUCAGGGUCCACUACCUUCAUCCAUAUGUAACCUAAGAAGCCUUAGAAUUCUGGAUUUAUCACGCAACAACUUCAGUAACUCGAUUCCAAAUUGCUUGGGAAGCAUGGCUAACCUAACGGUGUUGGACUUGAGAAGGAACAAUUUCAGUGGGAGUCUUCCACUGUUAUGUACUCAAAGCACUUCAUUGACGACCAUUGUCUUGAACAGUAAUCAAUUAGAAGGAUCUGUCCCAGUGUCGUUGCUCAACUGUGUUGGCUUAAAAGUUCUUGACUUGGGGAACAACGCGAUAAAUGACGCAUUUCCAGCUUGGCUUGGAACUCUUGAAGAUCUGCAAGUCCUUAUAUUAAAGUCGAACAAGUUCCAUGGACCUACAAGUGCUAGGAAGAAGUUUUUCUUUCCCAGGUUGCGGAUUUUCGAUCUCUCUCAUAAUGCAUUCAAUGGCUCACUGCCUGCAGAAGUUUUUCGAAACUUUAAGGCAAUGAUAAAAAAUGGGACAAACAAAGGUGACAUUACAUAUAUGAAAACACCAAUUUUCAUUAGAUAUAAGAUAAUCCGACAACUUGAGAUGGAAAUAUUCAGCAAUGAAGUGUACGAGGAUUCAGUGAGGUUGGUGAUCAAAGGAAACGAUAUGGAUCUAGAAAGAAUCAGCACAAUUGAUACAGCCAUAGAUCUCUCAAGCAACCAUUUUGAAGGUGACAUUCCGAAAUCACUAAAGGAUCUCAGCUCACUUAGGCUACUCAAUUUAUCCCAUAACAAUCUCAAAGGUGAUAUUCCAAUGGAAUUGGGGCAAUUGAAUACACUUGAAGCUUUAGAUCUCUCUUGGAAUCAGCUCACUGGAAAGAUUCCACAGGAAUUGUCAACAAUGAACUUUCUGGCGUUCUUAAACCUCUCUCAAAAUCAUCUCGUUGGACACAUUCCUCAAGGUUCACAAUUCAGCACAUUUGAAAAUGACUCGUAUGAUGGCAACCUUGAUUUAUGUGGUCCUCCUUUAUCAAAGGAAUGUGGAACUAGUGAUUCGUCGCAUGUUCCUCAACCAUUGGAGUCCGAAAAAGAAGAAGCUGAGUUAUACCUUUUUAGUGGAUUUACGUGGGAAUCAGUAGUCAUAGGCUACAGUUUUGGACUAGUUGUUGGAACUGUCAUGUGGAGCCUCAUGUUUAACUAUCGUAAGCCAAAAUGGUUGCAUGUCAUAAGAGAAGAACUUCAAGAGGUUUCCAUUUCCAUGCGUUUGAGAUUUCAAAUGGAGAUUGCUUCUGCUUUGCUUCAGUUUAAGCAACACUUUGAGAUUACAUCCGAGUACGUUUGUCAUUUCCGAGGGCAAGCUUCUUUCCCAAAAAUAAAGUCUUGGAAUGAGAGUAGGGAUUGUUGUACUUGGGACGGAGUCACUUGUGACAUGUUAAACGGUCAUGUUAUUGGGUUGGACCUUAGUUGCAGUCUACUAAAAGGAACUAUUCAUCCGAACAGCAGCCUCUUCCACCUUCAUCAUCUUCAAAUACUAAACCUUGCUUACAAUAACUUUUCAACUUCUUCAAUCCCACAUAACAUUGGCCGAUUGACGAAUUUGAGGAAUCUCAACCUUUCUUAUUCUUACUUUGAUGGAAAAAUCCCAACAGAAAUCUCAUACCUUUCCAAUUUGGUUUCACUUGAUCUUUCUCCUCCUUAUAAGUAUGGAUUACAACUUGAUCAGAGAACAUUUGAGGCAAUGCUUCACAACUUGGCAAAUCUGGAGGUACUAUCUCUCUCUUUUGUCAACAUCUCAUCUCCGAUACCUGUGAAUAUUUCUUCCUCCUUAAGGUACGUGGAUCUUGAAUAUACUAAUCUGCGAGGUGUUCUCACAGAGAGCUUUUUUCUUCUGCCAAACUUGGGAAGGCUCAAAUUGGGUUUCAAUGCUCUUCUCAAAGGAGUUUUACCAAAGAUCCACCCAAGCAGUACUCUGUUGGAGUUGGAUAUUUCAUACACAGGAAUCUCCGGAAUCUCUGGUGAGCUGCCUCAUUCAAUUGGCACCUUCAGAUCCUUGAAUAACUUGAACCUUGUAGGAUGCCAAUUCUCUGGUGCCAUUCCUGAUUCCAUUGGCAACCUAACACAAAUUAGGAAGUUGCGGUUUUGGGGUAAUCAUUUCACUGGCCAUAUUCCUUAG